UGGACACUCGAAUCCCUGAUGGACCUCCGGACUCCUAGGUUAGAAUUAUCCUCGGACAGAGUUUUGUCUCACAUGUACUCCCGAACUCUUGGUCCUGUGCACCAAUUAGGUUCGACUCUAGGAUUCUUUCCUGGGAGGAAAUUUGGAAAUGAAUGUUUCCGAGAGGAUCUGAGAAGACGAAGCUCACUUCCGGCGGUGGGAGGCUUUCCGACCCAGGAUGGAGGAGGUGAAGGAGCUGUUCUUUGAGGGGAAGAGACCGCAACUCGCCCCCAAGCCGCGCCUGGGCCCGGACUCAGGAUGGAGCCCUCCCGGAGAAGGCUGCGCCCAGGGUCUCAAGGACUUCCCGCUGGGGCCGGCCGGAGCCGUCUUCGUUCUAAAGAACCUCCCCCGGGGCUUGGCCCUUGGCCCCUCACUCGCCGUGGAGCAGCGCUUGGGGAUCUGGUGUGUCGGGGAGCCCUUACAGCCGGGACAGCUCUGGGGGCCUCUGGAAGAGAAGGACGAGGGAGCGAAAUCACUGCAGGAGGAGGACCUGUCACUAGGCCCAUGGCAAGACGUAUGUACCUGUGAGCGGAGUUCAGGCUGGACCAGUUUGGUGCAGCGAGGCAGGCAGGAGAAUGAAGGAAACGUGGCCCCGGUGUGGAUUAGCAAGAGGCUCCACCUGCAGGUGUACCAGGUUGUGCUGCCAGGGUUUGAAUUGCUGCUAUGGCCCCAGCCCCGCUCUGAGAGCCCAAGCCCCACCCAGCUAGAGGAAGAGGCAGCCAUGGCUGUGGUGACAGAAGAGGAGCCUGCUGCGGAACACGAAGGGGCCUCCCCUGGGGAGGAUGCAGCACAACCUUGCACAGAUCCUGUUCACCAUUCCCACCCCAGCAUCCAGGCAGAGUGGACAGUGAGCCCUGGACUUAAGCAUCAAACCCAGGACCACCUCUCCAUGGACAACCAACCACUCGGACCCUUGCCACAGGAUGGCAACCUGGAUGGCAAGGAUCCACCCCAGACGCAGAUGCUACCUGAACCUCAGAGCAGCCUGGCUCCCCCGCAGGGCCCAGAGAGCAGUGAAGCCAGUUCCUUGUCUUCUUUCAGGGCCGCCCAGCUACAUGCCCACCUGGACAAGCAGUUACAUGGCCCCAGUGAUCAGUGCCCACCCAGAGCAAAAACCUCAGAGCCUGGGAAGCAGCAGGCUGGAGAGAUGCAGCUUUCCGGCUUCCCUGCACCUCUGCGGAACCCUCCUGGAAGCUCCCUGAAGCUGGGUCGACGGUACCGGUGUGGGGAGUGUGGCAAGGCGUUCCUGCAGCUGUGCCACCUAAAGAAGCAUGCAUUCGUGCACACGGGCCACAAGCCCUUCCUUUGCACUGAGUGUGGCAAGAGCUAUAGUUCAGAGGAGAGCUUCAAAGCUCACAUGCUAGGCCACCGUGGGGUGCGCCCUUUCCCCUGCCCACAGUGCGACAAGGCUUACGGCACCCGGCGAGACCUCAAAGAGCACCAGGUGGUACAUUCAGGUGCCCGGCCCUUUGCUUGUGAUCAGUGUGGCAAGACCUUUGCCCGCCGGCCCUCCCUGCGGCUGCAUCGCAAGACCCACCAGGUGGCAGCUGCCCCUGCCCCCUGCCCGUGCCCUGUGUGUGGGCGGCCCCUGGCCAACCAGGGCUCCCUGCGGAACCACAUGCGCCUCCACACGGGGGAAAAGCCCUUCCUGUGCCCACACUGUGGCCGGGCGUUCCGCCAGCGGGGCAACCUACGUGGGCACUUGCGGCUCCACACAGGGGAGCGCCCAUACCACUGCCCACACUGUGCCGAUGCCUUCCCCCAGUUGCCUGAACUGCGGCGCCAUCUCAUCUCCCACACUGGGGAGGCCCACUUGUGCCCCGUGUGUGGGAAGGCCCUCCGAGACCCACAUACACUACGUGCUCACGAGCGCCUGCACUCAGGGGAGAGGCCUUUCCCAUGCCCUCAGUGUGGUCGUGCUUACACCCUGGCUACCAAGCUGAGGCGCCACCUCAAAUCCCACCUGGCAGACAAGCCCUACCGCUGCCCCACCUGUGGCAUGGGCUAUACCCUCCCCCAGAGCCUCAGGCGGCACCAGCUCAGUCACCAGCCUGAGGGGCCCUCCAGUCCACCCUCUGUGCUUCCUGCUGCUUCUGAGCCCACUGUGGUGCUACUGCAGACUGAGCCAGAACUGCUGGGUGUGUCCAGUGAGCAGGAAGUCUCCCCGGCCCAGGACGUCAUUGAAGUCACCAUUUCAGAGAGCCAGGAUAAGUGCUUUGUGGUGCCCGAGGAGCCAGGCCCUGCCCACAACCUGGUGCUUAUCCAGAAGGACUUGGGCUUUAGUGCCUGGGCAGAGGUGGUAGAGGUGGAGACAGGCACCUGACACCCUCACCUUCCUCUAACAGGGCUCUACAUAAAAAUCUGUUUUCUAGUUGUUUGGCGUCUGGAUCUUCUUUUUGGGUUGCCCUUCCUGCUCAUGUUAGAGGGCCACCAAAUUGUUUCCCAAGACUAAGGUAAAACCUCUUCUGGAUUAAAAAUAUUUUUAUUGACUUCCAGUAGAGCUUGUUCUACCUCCUUCCCUAGGAACACCUCAGGGUACUUCUUUAAACACUGCCGAGGUGAUCUCAUAG